AUGUUGCGCUGCCUGUAAGCGCGUAUGCGAGUUGCUAAUCGGCGGCGAGAAGAUUUAAGCCAUUUGUUCAGGGAAAGGUGGUGAGAUAAUAUAGUUGUAUAUACUCGGGAGAUUUUGUUGCUUUUAUUUGCGCAGUUAUGUCCACAAACGACUUUUAUUUAAGAUAUUACGUGGGACACAAAGGGAAAUUCGGUCACGAGUUUCUGGAGUUUGAAUUCAGGCCGGACGGGAAGCUGAGAUACGCGAACAACAGUAACUACAAAAAUGACGUCAUGAUCAGGAAAGAGGCGUACGUUCACAAGAGCGUGAUGGAGGAACUGAAGAGGAUCAUUGAUGACAGUGAAAUCACGAAGGAAGACGAUGCUCUGUGGCCUCCUCCUGACAGGGUGGGCAGACAGGAACUGGAGAUUGUCAUCGGUGAUGAACAUAUCUCAUUCACAACCUCCAAAAUUGGGUCUCUGAUCGAUGUCAACCAGUCUAAGGAUCCAGAAGGCCUCAGAGUGUUCUACUACCUGGUACAGGAUCUCAAGUGUCUCGUCUUCAGUCUCAUCGGCCUCCAUUUCAAGAUCAAGCCAAUCUAAGUUCAACAGUUUCUACAGACAAUUAAUCUAGCUUGUUUAACCUUUUCAGCGUUUUGUACAGUAAUUUCUGGCUUGUCUGCUGUUUUCCUUUUUUUAAAUAAAACAUUGUCAAUUUCAGAA